AUGGCCCUAGAUGCAGUGACCCCGUCCUCUAAGAUCGUGGGCGACCUGGCCCAGUUCAUGGUACAGAACUCUCUGACACGGGCUGAGGUGGAGGAGCGGGCAGAUGAGCUCUCAUUCCCGCUCUCCGUGGUGGAGUUCCUGCAGGGACACAUCGGUAUUCCGCACGGAGGAUUCCCAGAACCCUUCAGGACCAAGGUGCUGAAGAACCUGCCCCGUGUGGAGGGUCGCCCUGGUGCCUCUCUGCCCCCCAUGGACUUCGAGGCCAUGGAGAAACAGCUCCGCGAGUCGCACGAUGAUGACAUCACCCCCGAGGAUGUCAUGUCCGCCGCCAUGUACCCCAAAGUCUUCCAGGAGUUCCGUGACUUCACCAAGAACUUCGGACCCGUUGACUGCCUCAACACACGCCUCUUCCUGGACGGACCCAAGAUCGCCGAGGAGUUUGAGGUGGAGCUAGAGCGAGGGAAGACGCUGCACAUCAAGGCUCUGGCGCUGGGGGACCUGAACAAGGUGGGCCAGAGGGAGGUGUUCUUCGAGCUCAACGGCCAGCUCCGCUCAGUGCUGGUCAAGGAUACAGUGGCCAUGAAGGGCGUGCACUUCCAACUGGUGGAAGGAUCUGCCGAUGCCGGUAAGGUGGUGCUGCUGAAGGUGAAGCAGGGCGACGUGGUGGAGAAGGGCCAGCCCCUGUGCGUGCUCAGCGCCAUGAAGAUGGAGACCGUGGUCAACUCGCCCAUCUCUGGCACCAUCGCCAAGAUCUACGUCAGCGCCGACACCAGCCUGGAGGGAGAUGACCUCAUCAUGGAGAUCACCGAGUAGACCGGGG